AUGAUUCGUGGAUCUUCAAUGAUUUCAAAAUUGAAUAAAUGUAGAGUAACUCAAUUAAGAUUACAAUCAACAAAAACAACAAGCAGUGCAACCAAAUAUACUACUUUAUCAAACGGUAUUACUAUUGCUAGUGAAUCAAAUCCUCAAGCAAAACAUUCAUCAAUAGGUUUAUAUAUUGGUGGUGGUUCUAGAACUGAACAUCCUUAUAAUAAUGGUAUUAGUGCAUUAACUACAGAUUUAUUAUCAAAUCAUUCAACACAAGAUGGUAUUUUGAUUUCAUCAAAAAAUGAUAAAGAAUUCAAUGGUAUUCUUGCAGAAACUACAAAUGAUAAUAUUAAAAAUGCAGGUAAAUUAUUAUCAUCAAUUGUAUCAAAUGCUGAAGAAAUUAUAACUAAAUCUGAUUUAUCAUUAUAUAAAAAGUUUUUAACUCAACAAGUUAAAUAUUUAGAAUCAAAUCCAAAAUCAAAAGUUUUAAGUCAUUUAGAAGCAACUGCUUAUCAAGGUUAUUCAUUAGGUUUACCAACUUUAGGUACUCCAGAAUCAAUUGAAAAUUUACAAGUUGAAGAUUCAUUAAGACAUUUAAAUAACAAUUUGAAUAAUAAUAAUAUUGUUAUUGCAGGUUCUGGUAAUUUCUCCCAUGAAGAAUUAGUUGAAUCAAUUGAAUCAUCAAAUUUAAAAAUUAAAGAAUCUAUAAAACCUGAAAUUAAACCUGUUUCUUUCCUUGGUUCCGAAGUUAGAAUGAGAGAUGAUACUUUACCAAAAGCAUAUUUUGCAAUUGCUGUAAAUGGAGAAGGUAUUAAUUCACCAAAUUAUUAUAUUGCACAAGUUGCAGCUAAAAUAUUUGGAAAUUAUGAUUCAAAUUCAACUAUUAAACAUUAUACAUCACCAAAAUUAGCUUCGAUUGUUCAAGAAUAUGAUAUUGUUGAUUCAUAUGAACAUUUUUCAAAAUCUUUCAGUGAUUCCGGUUUAUGGGGUUAUUAUUGUGAAAUUUCAAAUAAAUUUACCAUUGAUGAUUUUGCUCAUUUUUCAUUAAAACAAUGGAAUAGAUUAUCUAUUUCAAUUUCUGAAGCUGAAGUAGUUAGAGCUAAAAAUCAAUUAAAAACUGAAAUUUUAACAAAAUUAUCAACUUCAAAUGAAAUUACAAAUGAUAUUGGUUCAAAAAUUUUAUUAAAUGGUUAUAGAAAUUCAAUAAGAGAAUCUUUUGAAAAAAUUGAUUCUAUUAAAUUAAAUGAUGUUAAAGAAUGGGGUAAAUCUAAAGUUUGGGAUAGAGAUAUUGUUAUUUCUGCAACUGGUCAAAUUGAAGAUUUAUUUGAUUAUAAUAGAAAUAGAAAUGAAAUGGCCAUGAUGAGAUGGUAA